AUUUAAAAAAAAAAAAAAAGAGAGGAAAAAAAAAAAUAUAUAUAUAUAUAUCCCGUACGGAGACAGAGUAACCUUUGAGCCGGCGGCUCCGGCGGGACGAUGGAGGGUGGUGGGUGCUGGUGGCUUCUCGCGGUGCUGGUCCUGUUCCCAGGGCUGUGCGUGGGGUUCAACGUCGACGUGAGCCGCCCACGGCUCUUCCACGGCCCGGCCGAAGCCCAGUUUGGCUACAAGGUGCUGCAGCGGGCGGACGGCGGGGAGAGGUGGCUGCUGGUGGGGGCCCCUUGGGACGGCGACCGCCAAGGCGACGUCUACAAGUGCCGCGUGGGACCCCCCAACGCCACGUGCGCCAAAGCCAACCUCGGGGCCGCAGCCCCGUGGCUCUCCCCGCUCCCCGGCGCGCACUUCGGGAUGAGCCUCCUGGACGCCAAGGACGGCGGCUUCGUGGCUUGCGCCCCGCUUUGGUCCCAGGCGUGCGGCACCUCCGUCUUCAGCACCGGCAUCUGCGCCCGGCUGGACGGCGACCUCCGGCCGGUGGGGACCAUCGCGCCCACGGCACAGCGCUGCUCCACCUACAUGGACAUCGUCAUCGUCCUCGACGGCUCCAACAGCAUCUACCCCUGGUACGAGGUGCAGAACUUCCUCAGCAACGUCCUCAGCAAGUUCUUCAUCGGCCCGGGGCAGAUCCAGGUGGGGGUGCUGCAGUACGGGGAGCGGGCGGUGCACGAGUGGGUGCUGGGGCGGUACCGGACGGCGCAGGAGGUGGUGGAGGCGGCCAAGAACAUCAGCCGGCAGGAGGGGCGGGAGACGCGCACGGCCUUCGCCAUCCGCCGGGCGUGCACGGAAGCCUUCAGCCCCGAGCGGGGCGGGCGAGCGGAUGCCACCCGGCUGAUGAUCGUGGUGACGGACGGGGAGUCCCACGACGGCGAGGAGCUGCCCGAGGCGCUGGCGGAGUGCGAGAAGCGCAACGUCACCCGCUACGCCAUCGCGGUGCUGGGGCACUACCUCCGCCGGCAGCAGGACCCCGAGGAUUUCAUCCGCGAGAUCAAGUACAUCGCCAGCGACCCGGAUGAGAAAUACUUCUUCAACGUCACCGACGAGGCCGCCCUCAACGACAUCGUGGACGCCUUGGGCGACCGCAUCUUCAGCCUGGAAGGCACCCACGGGUACAACGAGAGCUCCUUCGAGCUGGAGAUGUCCCAGAUCGGCUUCUCCAUCCACCUCCUGGAGGACGGGAUCCUCUUCGGCACGGUGGGAGCCUACGACUGGGACGGGGCCGUGCUGGAGGAGAGCCGGCGCGGCCGCAUCGUCCCGCCACGGAAAGCCUUCGAGGAGGAGUUCCCGCUGGAGCUGAAGAACCACGCGGCUUAUUUGGGUUAUGCCGUGUCCUCGCUGCGGCUGCCGGGGGGGCAGCGCCUGUACGUGGCCGGGGCCCCUCGCUUCCAGCACAAGGGCAAGGUCAUCCUCUUCGAGCUGGGCACCGCGGGGACCGUGACGGUGGCCCAGGCGCUGACCGGGGAGCAGAUCGGCUCCUACUUCGGCAGCGAGGUGUGUGCCCUGGACGUGGACGGUGACGCGGUGACCGACGUGCUGCUGGUGGCCGCUCCCAUGUACCUGGGUGCCCAGAGCAGGGAGACGGGGCGGGUGUACCUCUACAGAGUGGGGCAGCGGCUCCUGGCCCCCGCCGGCACCCUGCACGCCGACAAGAAGCCGCAGGACUCCCGGUUCGGCUACGCCUUGGCCGCCGUGCCGGAUCUCAACCACGACGGCUUCAAUGACGUGGUGGUGGGGGCUCCGCUGGAGGACGGGCACCGCGGCGCUCUCUACGUCUACCACGGCGCCCCGGGCACCCUCCUGCCCCAUUACAAGCAGCGCAUCGAGGCAGCGGCGCUGAGCCCAACCCUCAGCUAUUUCGGCCGCAGCGUGGACGGGCAGCUCGACCUGGACGGGGACGGGCUGGUGGACUUGGCUGUGGGGGCGCAGGGGGCGGCCGUGCUGCUGCGCUCCCGCCAGAUCGUCCAGGUGGACACCUCGCUGACGGUGGAGCCCCCGGCCAUCAGCGUCAUCCAGAAGAGCUGCCAACGCGGCGGCACCGGCGCCAUCUGCCUCCGGGCCAGGAUCUGCUUCCGCGCCACCACCCGCGCCCGUGGUCGGCGGGACAGGGACAUCGAGCUCCGGUACAACGUGUCGCUGGAGGAGGGGGCACCGGCAGCCCGGGCUGCCUUCGACUCGGGCGCCCGGCGGCUGCUGCGGCGGCACCUCGAGGUCUCGCUGGGGCGGCAGAGCUGCCUCCGCGUCCCCUUCCACGUCCUGGACACCACGGACUAUCUGCGACCCCUCAGCUUCACGGUGACGUUGGCCAUGGCCAAACCCACUGGGCCGGUGCUGGAUGAGACGUCCCCCACCACCAUCCAGAAACUGAUCCCCUUCUUCAAGGACUGCGGGGAGGAUGACGAGUGCGUCACCGACCUGGUGCUCAGGGCCACCAUGGACAUGGGGGGCUCCAGGCAGAGCCCCCACGUCCUGCGCAAGGGCAGGAGGAAGCUGAUGGUGGACGUGGUCCUGGAGAACAAGGAGGAGAACGCCUACAACGCCAGCCUGCUGCUCCGCUUCUCCAGCAACCUCCACUUCUCCAGCCUCACGCUCCAGGACACCAGCCCGGUGAAGCUGGAGUGCACGGCGCUGGCCGGUCACCGCCGGCUCUGCAGCGUUGGCUACCCCGUCUUCCGUUCACUGGCCAAGGUCUCCUUCACCCUGGAGCUGGAGUUCAGCUGCUCCGUCCUCCUCGACCGAGCCGAGGUGGCCCUGGAGGCCAGCAGCGACAGCACCGAGAUGACGCCGGAGGACAACGCGGUCCGGCUUUCCACCCCCAUCCGCUACAAGCCCGACCUCUUCCUCUCCAGCGAUGCCACCCUGCGCCGCUACGAGGUUCACCCGCUCGGCACCUUCCCCCACGGCCCCGGCCCUGAGUUCAAGACCACGGUGAAGGUGCAGAAUUUUGGGUGCUACCCCGUCCGAAACCUCACCCUCCGCAUGGCCCUGCCAGCGCUGGGCUACCGCCGCGCCACCUUCCUCUCCGUCACACGCGUCCUGGCCGACAACGCUACCUGCGUGCUGCAGACCCCCUCGGAGGAGCCGUGGGGCACGGCCACGGUGGUCCCCGUGCACCCCGAAGACCUCCUGCACGUGGACAGGCUGGACUGCGGCAACGCCUGGUGCCAGGAGCUGAGCUGCCGGCUGGGGCGGCUGGACCGCGGCGGGGAGGUCUCCAUCCACAUCCUCCGCACCGUCCACAACGAUUUCUUCCGUGGGGCGAAAUUCAGGAGCGUGAGAGUCGUCAGCACGGCCUGGCUGGGGGUCCCGGCGAGCAGCAUCCUGGUCCUGGAGGAAGGGGCACAUCAGAGGGAGACGGUGCUUGAAAUCAUCCAGGGGAAGCGGGUGCCCGUCUCCCUCUGGAUCCUGGUGGGCAGCAUCCUGGGGGGGCUGCUGCUCCUGGCGCUGAUCAUCUUCUGCCUGUGGAAGCUGGGCUUCUUCACCCGCAAGAAGCUCCCCGAGGAAGAGGAGGAGAAGGAGGAGCAGUGAGGGCGGGCGGUGGCCCCUCGAGCCCAGCACCGUCAGGAAGGGACGGACGCGUCCCUUCCCCAUCCUUGGGGACAACCAGGGGCUCGGGACUCUGCCACCCCCCUACCCCCCCCGCCUCGGCUCCAUCCUUGCGGAGAUUGUGCUGGCACACGGAUGCAGCCAGGUGAGGUCGGGAGGGGGGGGGGUGUCUGGCAUCGGGGCGAAGGAGCCCCCCCCCCCCCCCCAAGGUUUGACCCGAAGGACUUGGGGGUGAUUGUGGAGGUGGGGAAAAGUGGGAACCAACCGGGCUGAAACAAGCAGCUCCACCAAUAAAGCUCAGCCCCCCCUCCCCGGAGCCGCUCGAGCGUGUGGUACCCGCCGCCGUGCUCUGCCCGCAUCCCUGCCGCCACCCGGGGCUGGGGAUGCUCCAGGACCCAAAACGCUUCCCCCUCCCUGGAAAAAACCCCCACCGAAACGCUCCGGAGCGACACCAGGGAGAGCCAGGAAAUAUAAAGGGAUGGGGGGGAAGGUGCGCACGGCUGCUGGACACCCCAAGUCCCCCCCGUCCCAGGUCCCUUCGGCCCUGCGUCUCCCCCCCGCCCUGCAGAGCCAUGCCGCCUCGGGGCCGUGAGACUCCCGGGAAGCUUCUGCCUGGAAUUCUGUCCCCAGAAUUCUCCCAGGGGGGAGAAAUUCCAGAAUUUAGGCCCUUGGGGGCUGAGCGGGCACCACGUGCGAAGGGAGGAACCAGGAGCAGAAACCUGGCGUUACCCCCCCCGGCACCCCCAAAACAGGGCGCUUUGGGGAGCCCGAAACACUAAAGAACGGGGAAAGAGAGCGAGAGAAACCCAGCAAAACCGCUCAAAAGAGGCCGGAGCUGCAGUUAAAGCAUUUUUCCCUUUUGCUGUCACCCACCAACGCGGCCGAGAGCCGUUUAGGAAAGGGGUCCUGGUGCUGUAAGCGAGGGAGGGGGGGUCGGCGACGCAGCAGCAGCGCACGAGCUGCUUUUCCAGGAACGAGCCCCGGAGAAGGGACGACACCGCUGCCUCAAACCGCUGGUCACCCCUCCCCGCUCCCCCUUCGGCUCCAC